CUCCCGAACCGAUCAGUUUAAGCAACUGACUUAUUCAAAUCUGUAAGAUGAAAACAAGCUAGUUUUCCUUUGGCGUUUGCGAAUCUUGCAUUCCAAGUUAUUCAAAAAAUUUUUCUCCUGAAAAAAAUUGAAAAUUGCACCUGAGAAAAAUCACUUGAAGUUCACCCUUCUGGAGAAUUUUCAGCUACAAAAGUCCUAGUCCGAGUGUUUUCAAGCUCCAGUGAUUGUUUGAAAUUUGUUUUGCUCAAAUUAAUCAAAAAUUGAAGAAAAAAGUGAAAAGUGAAAAGUAUAAGGUGUCAAGAUGCCGCAAGUUAUCGAAGUUUACACCCCGCUGCCAACCACGCUUGGUUGCACCCCGAAGUUGCGCGGCGUUGUGGCCAAGUCCAGCAAUGCCAUCCGUAGCGUGCCGGUGGUCAACGGAGACGUUGGGCAACUGUCGCCCAAAAUCCGUGCCUUCGUUGAGGAAUCGGUUGCCCUGUGCCAACCGGAUCGUAUCCAUAUCGUGGACGGGAGCGACAAGGAGAGUGCCGCCCUGUUGAAGGUACUGGAAGCGCAGGGAACCAUCCAACCGCUUCCAAAGUACGAGAACUGCUGGUUGGCCCGUACCAAUCCGGCCGAUGUUGCUCGUGUGGAAUCGAAGACGUUUAUCUGCACCGAAAAGCGGGAGCAAGCGGUUCCGACUCCGAAGGAUGGCGUCAAGGGUACCUUGGGCAAUUGGAUUUCUCCCGAGGAUUACGAGAGCGCUAUCCGGUCUCGUUUUCCGGGUUGCAUGAAAGGACGUACCAUGUAUGUGGUUCCGUUUUCGAUGGGUCCGAUCGACUCGCCGCUGGCCAAGUUCGGCAUUGAAAUUACGGACUCGGCCUAUGUCGUUUGCUCGAUGCGAGUUAUGACCCGUAUGGGCAAAGAGGUGCUGGAGAAGCUGUCAGGAAAUUCGGACUUCAUCAAGUGCCUUCAUUCAGUUGGUACCCCGCUGAAUGGAAAGAUCGCAAUGUCUUCAUGGCCAUGUGAUCCGGAACGCACCAUCAUCCUCCACAAACCGGCCAACAAUGAGAUUGUUUCGUAUGGUUCCGGUUACGGCGGAAAUUCUUUGUUGGGCAAAAAGUGCUUCGCCCUUCGCAUUGGCAGUACGAUCGCUCAACGGGAGGGUUGGCUUGCCGAGCACAUGCUAAUCCUCGGUAUCACCGAUCCCAAUGGUGUCAAGAAGUACAUUGCUGCUGCUUUUCCUUCUGCUUGUGGAAAAACUAACCUUGCCAUGAUGAAUCCCACCCUGCCGGGUUACAAAAUGGAGUGCGUUGGAGACGAUAUCGCCUGGAUGAAGUUCGAUUCCAAGGGUCAAUUGCGGGCAAUCAACCCUGAGAACGGAUUCUUCGGUGUUGCUCCAGGUACAUCGACUGAGACCAACCCGAAUGCCAUGGAGACGGUUUACAAGAACACCAUAUUCACAAACGUCGCUGCAACUUCCGAUGGUGGUGUCUUCUGGGAAGGAAUGGAGAGUGAACUCGCUCCGGGAGUUGAAAUCACUGACUGGUUGGGUCAACCCUGGAAACUUGGAGAAUCCAAAACUCCGGCAGCACAUCCGAACUCACGGUUUUGUGCUCCCGCAAGCCAAUGUCCGAUCAUUGAUCCCGCCUGGGAAGAUAACGCAGGAGUGCCUAUUUCGGCCAUCCUUUUCGGAGGACGCAGACCCGAGGGUGUCCCACUGGUUUAUGAAGCAAAUUCGUGGGCCCAUGGUGUCUUCAUCGGAUCGGCCAUGCGUAGCGAAACCACUGCAGCUGCCGAACACAAGGGAAAAAUGAUUAUGAACGAUCCCUUCGCUAUGCGACCCUUCUUUGGAUAUAACUUUGGCCACUAUCUGGACCACUGGCUCAGCAUGGAGCAACGUGCUGCCGAUGCUGGAGGUCACACGCCGAAGAUCUUCCACGUCAACUGGUUCCGAAAGGAUGCCAACGGCAAGUUCCUUUGGCCAGGUUUCGGUGAAAAUUGCCGGGUUCUGGAUUGGAUUCUUCAUCGUAUCGAUGAUCGUGAAUGUUAUGCUGAAACGCCUAUUGGCCGUAUCCCUAGUCCCGGGGCGCUGUCCCUGGAAAACCUGUCGAAGCCAGUCAACGAGAAGGAGCUAUUUUCGAUACCCAAGGAGUUCUGGUUGAAGGAAGUGGAAGAGAUCAAGCUAUACUAUGACAACCAACUGCCGAGCGAUCUGCCGCAGGAAAUUGCCAAAGAGCUGCACGACCUCAAGUGCCGCAUUGAGCGACUUUAAAGAAGAAUCGAGCCACAUCCGCCUCUACUGGAAAAUGACGUAUUACACUUAACUAGCUUAACUUAUUCUGUAAGAUAUGUGAUAAUAACUGCAUCGCAUCAUUGCGUAAUAGAUCUACAUUCUGUUGUAAAGAAUAAGCUGACAAUACACAGUUUUUUAUACAUUAAAUUUGA